UGCAGGUGUGGCCCCGACCCAGGCAAAGGCCUGUGUCAGGAGGCCUCUCUACCACGCCCGGCCAUUUCCUCCACCCGGGGAGGGGCACUGUGGGUUGCCGGUACCUACGCGCUGGGGGAAUGGCCGGCAAGUCCCUAGAGCCGGUGACUGGCCACCAGAGCCCUGCCCGUCCUGAGCUGGGUGCAGAUGUCCCCAGGCCCAGCGCAGGGGCUCAUGCUCCGGGCGGUUAUCUGCCGCCGUGGCUGCUUCGUGGUGCCCGAGUGCCAGGCUGGCGGGACCGUGGGCCUGCUCCGGGAGGGCAGGGGAGGAGGGCCCCGGGGCAGGGCUUCAGAAGCCCCCCGCUCUCCUCUCAGGAAACGUGUCCUGUCGGCGUCUGGUUGCAGCAGCCUUGCCGCUCUUUGUUGCAGUUGGCUACGCCCUCCAUCCAGCUCACAAAAAACAGCCUCAAAAACAACCAUUUCCUCUCUGCCGAGGGGGGGACACACGCGCGCGCCGCACACACACAGACGCACAGGCACUUCCCCGCAGCAGGCCCUCUGCCUUCCAGGACCGGCUGUUCCGUGGCGGAGGCACAGGGCAGGGGCUCAGGCAGCCAGAGGCUGAAGCGCUCCGGCACAGCUGAACCGGCCCCGCUCGGAGCCCGGCUGCUGGGUUUGCUCCGAGGAGCUGGUUCUAGGGAGCCAGGCGGGACAUACCCCCACGUCGCCGCCCGCCUCUCCGGUGGCUCACGGGGAGGAGAGGCCUAGCUUCUCAGGAAGACGGCGCACGCACCACUCUGGACUGUUGCUGGCGCCCCGGAUCCCUCCCCGGGAUGGGCGGAGAGGCUGGCUGCAGCUGGGGCCUGGCCCUGCUCCAGGACAAGCGGACGGCACCGGCAGUCGGCGAUGACUGUUCAGAAACUGGUGGCCACGGCGGUGCUGGUGGCCCUGGUCUCUCUUGUCCUCAACAACGCGGCGGCCUUCACCCCCAACUGGGUGUACCAGACGCUGGAGGACGGGCGCAGGCGGAGCGUGGGGCUGUGGAAGUCCUGCUGGCUGGCAGAUGGGACCCGGGGAGGGCCGAGCCCCGGGGCCCGGUUGGGGCCGGCGGACGCCAGAGACUGUGAGGCCCUGGGCUGGGGCUCCGAGGCGGCAGGCUUCCAGGAGGCUCGAGGCACCGUCAAACUGCAGUUUGACAUGAUGCGCGCCUGCAACCUGGUGGCCACAGCGGCACUCGCUGCGGGUCAGCUCACCUUCGUCCUGGGUCUGACGGGCCUGCCCCUGAUGUCGCCCGAUUCACAGUGCUGGGAGGAGGCCAUGGCCGCCGCGUUCCAGCUGGCGAGUUUCGUCCUGGUCAUCGGGCUGGUGACGUUCUACAGAAUCGGCCCGUACACCAGCCUGUCCUGGUCUUGCUACCUGGACAUUGGUGCCUGCCUCCUGGCCACCCUGGCAGCCGCCAUGCUCAUCUGGAACAUCCUUCACCGGAGAGAGGACUGCAUCGCGCCCCGGGUGAUCGUCAUCAGCCGCUCCCUGACCGCGCGGCUCCGCCGCGGGCUGGACAACGAGUACGUGGAGUCACCGUGCUGAGGGCCGCUGGGGGACACCUGCUCAGGACCUUCUCCACUAUAACCAAACAGCGUAGAAGCCGCAGGGCUGUCCGUGCGGGCCAUCCGUAGGGUUUCCCAUAUAUACACGUACGACCCACAGCUACGUUUACUACGUUACACAUAAGCAUAUUACGUGGUUAUAUACCGCCUGCGCCACGCUCCUGACGCGCCCACCGCUGGGCUUCACUGUCCGCACGUUCCGGGAGGAGAGCAGCUCCUCAGGGGCAAGGACGGCAGCCAGCUCACUCUGCGCCUCAGUCUAGGAUUAAUUUAUUCUCUAUCUGCUGAGGGGUGGGUCCUCAGUCACAUUUACUUUGGUAAAGCAGACUACCCGGGAAGAUUUUCCAGAACGGUCCGUGAUCUUCCUCGAGUGACUUAGAAUUUACAACCAGAUGGCUACGGUUUUAUGAUAGGACUGUGUCAGUAAUGUCCGUUUUGCUCCUGAUUAUUUUUCUAAGUUAAAAUAAAACGCAAACUUCCCACCA